UUUAUUCAAGGGGCGGACCUGCAACGGUUGCACUUGACCAGCUCCAGUUUCCCGGCAAAUUAGACGCAUUCCCUCCAAAUGUCGAAUGGGUUGGCUAGCAACUGGACAGACCGUUUACUGAUUUCCACAGGUCUCUCUCUAUCAAAUCGCUCUCAACCCCAAACAUCAUCGUGCCUAGGCAACAACAUUCAACUUUUAUCAGGAAGGCUCCUGCGCAGCAGUAUCAGGAGCCUGUAUCAGCCAACUGCCAGGAUGAGGUGUAUUGGCUCCGGUCGCAGCUUGUCCAGAUGAGCCAGAGUUUGCUAGACCAUCAGCAGUACAUCCAGCAGCUCCAGGACCAGCUGAGUCAGGCCAGCACAGGUCACCAGGACGUCCCUGAUGCUCCCCAAAGGCCAAACGUCCAGCCCCAGUCAGGCAGUCCGACAGGGUACACAGACUGUUCACAGGUGUUUGAGGAUGGGAACCUGGUCAGCGGCGUGUACAUGAUUAAACCAAAGGAAUCCCCGGUCUCCGUCAUGGUGUUCUGUGACAUGAGGGAUGGUGGAGGCUGGACCGUGUUUCAGAAGAGGAGAGACGGACAAGAGUCCUUUAACAGGACCUGGGUGGAGUAUAAGCAUGGCUUUGGGAAUCUUCUCUCCAACGAUGGGGAGUUUUGGCUGGGGAAUGACCCCCUACACUACCUCACGUCACAGGGCAAAUAUAAACUCAAGAUAAAAAUGGAGGACUUUGAUGGUCGCCCACGCUUUGCUGAGUACAAAAAUGUCAAAGUUGGAGAUGAAAAGGAUGAGUAUGAGUUGCAGGUGGGUGACUACAGGGGAGAUGCAGGCGAUGCUUUGGUUGAUGCGCAUCCCCACUCUGAUAGGCCCCAGAGUAAUACCCCCCACGGCCUGAAGUUCAGCACGUAUGAUCACAACAACCGUGAGGAGGAGGAACCCCAGUGCAUUCGCCAGGACAAGUCUGGGUGGUGGUUCAGCAGAUGUCACUCUGGUAAUUUGAAUGGUCAGUACUACAACGGCCCCUACCAGGCAGUGACGGACGAUGGGGUGGUGUGGCACACCUGGCAUGGGUACUGGUACUCCAUCAAGUCUGUGGUCAUGAUGAUCCGCCCAGAGGGAUUCGAUGAGCCCAAAGCAGAGCAUGAAGUGCCUGACGUUAAACAGUGAAAGGUGCUCGGGCAGUUGAGCACACUGUAUUUGUCAGUUAAUUAAUAAAAUAAGCCUGCAUGCUUCAA